AUGCCUCUAAUUAGAGUUCGUGUUCACGUCAUAAGGAUUGGACGAACUGAUUUAUCGUUUACUGUCGAACCCGGUGAGACAGUAGCCCUCGUUGGUCCGUCAGGCUCCGGAAAGUCUUCGUGCAUAGCUUUGCUAGAAAACUUCUAUCAACCAAACGCUGGUCAAGUGCUUGUUGAUGGAGUGCCAUUAGAAGACUAUGAACACCACUACAUCCAUAGAAAG